AGAAGCAGCGCAGCAGGAGAGCUGAUCCAGAGUCGGUUCAUCAGACCAUCCGCACCACAGACCCUCAGGACUCUGAGCGGAGAUCCGCUCCCUGAUCGGCGGAGCUCAGCAGGAGAGCCGAUCCGCUGCAGGGUGGACUGACUUCCUGUUGCAAGUCCUUGUCCUGCUCCUAGCUUUCCGCUCAAGCCUCCAAGAGGAGAACGUCAAACUGCUGAGCUCAGAAGGGAUUACAUGUGAGAAAAUGGCUUCCAGAAGAAGCUCUGGCUCUCAGCAAACAUCUUCUGGUACUGUUUACACCAGCACAUCUCUCAGUGCAGCCAAAGAGAGACCUCACAUCUGCUUAGUGUGCGGGAAGAGUUUUAAAAAGCAGAGUCAUCUCAAAAUACACCAGCGCGUUCACACAGGAGAGAAACCGUAUCAGUGCUCAGAUUGCGGACAGAGUUUCUAUCAGCGGAGUAACCUGCAAACACAUCAGCGCAUCCACACAGGAGAGAAGCCGUUCUACUGCUCAGAGUGUGGGAAGAGUUUUUAUCAAAAGAGUCACCUCCGAAACCACCAGCGCAUCCACACAGGAGAGAAGCCCUACCAGUGCACUGAGUGUGGGAAGAGUUUUACUAUACAAGGCACUCUUCAGAGACACCAGCGCAUUCACACAGGAGAGAGACCGUAUCAGUGUUCAGAGUGUGGGAGGAGCUUUAGUGACAAAGGUAAUCUCAGAACACAUCAGCGAAUUCACACAGGAGAGAGACCGUAUCAGUGCUCAGAGUGUGGGCAGAGCUUUACGGACAGGUGCAAUCUGAACAAACACAUGCGCAUCCACACCGGCGAGAAACCGUAUUACUGCUCGCUGUGUAGGAAGAAUUUUCGUCAGCUGAGCGGCCUCCAAAAACAUCAGCGUAUCCACACAGGAGAGAAACCACAUUACUGCCUGGAAGGAUGACGGAGCUGCAGGUGUCUAAAAUGAGUCCCUCAACUCCAAGGACAACGUUUUCAUGCACAAUGGCCUCUGGAGUUUACACAGGAUGGUACACAGUGAGCAGCAGAUGAUAAGAGGUCAGAGGAGAAUGGACAGAGUUGUUUGAUCUGACAAGAACUCUAUUAGCUGCUCUUUAGAACAGUGAAGAUCAGAAAAGCAUCUCUGAACAAGACGAGUAGCACAUAUUACCUUAAGGCAGAUGUGCUACAACAGAAGAACACCACAGUGUGUUCCACUCCAGACAGCCAAGAACAGGAGCCUGAGGCAAACUGGACAGUUGUAGACUGGAAAAAUGUCUCAAGGUCUCAAUAAUCUUGAUUUCUGCUGAUGCUAGAAUUAGUUAGAAUUUGGCAUAAGCAGCAUGAAUCUUUGCACCCAAACUGCAUUAUAUUACCAGUUAAGGCUGGUGGUGGUGAUGUAAUGGUUCUGGGGAUGCUUUCUUGGAACAUGUUGGAUCCCUAAAUACCAGUCAGCCCCCUUUAAAUGGACUAGAUUGGAUGCCCUGAAAUCUCAUACAAAGAUCUUGGGAGUGUUCUUCGACUCAAAACUCAAUUAUGACUAACAGAUAUCAGCAUUUGGUCAGAGGUAGAGUUUUCUACCAGUGCAUCUGCAACUGAGGCAAAACGCUGUGAUUUUUUAUGCUAUGAUUGUUUGUGGUUAUUUCUUAAAGCUCUAAAUGGGCUGUAGAGGCAUACUGUGUAUUGAUUUGCACUGCAUGGUACCGGCUCGAAUCGACUCUACUUGCCUAUUUUGGUUCUUCUUCAGGCAAAUCUGGUACCUGGUACUGUUUUUGGUAUCACCUCCAUAGAAGGCUCCAAGAAAAACUGCAGACUGCUAUUUGGUCUGAGAGGAUCGUCACUGUCACCCUAAACGCAUAGACCGAUCAGGCAUAACAUUCUGACCUCCUCUUGUUUCUACACUCAUUGUCCAUUUUAUCAGCUCCACUUACUAUAUAGGUGCACUUUGUAGUUCUACAGUUACAGACUGUAGUCCGUCUG